UCGGGUGCCGCCGGGAAGGCCCUGCCCUCAGCGUGUUUCUCCGUGUUUCGCGGCUGCGGCGGCCGUGGUGAGCGGCGGUCUUGGUGCGCCUGGGAGGGUGAGGCGUCUAGGCGCCCGGCUCGCCCGGGCUUGGAGUCGCGUCGCCGCUCGGCUCCGGAGUCCGGGCCGGUGGCGGUGGCUGCGCACUGUCUGUCCUCUGGAGAGUCGCUUUUCUGUCUACGCGGCCCGGGAGAGACGGGUUAGCUUGGCGCUGCGGGGUCCGUCAGUGCCUCCUUUCCGCUGUGUCUCCUCGCUGCCUUCUCCUUUAUUCUCAGCCCCUUCCUAGCCGUCCUGCCUACGGUUUCCUAAUGAACAGAACGCAGAACCAGACACGAAGAUUUAGUCACUCUUUUGCUCUGCAUGAGUUCCUUUUCCACGCGCUGGUUUGGAGAACAGCUGUGGAUGUGACAGUAUUCCCAUUUACGGCCACUCUUCUGAGGUCUUUCUUCUGGCGUUUUCAUUGCUUCAGAAUCAACCUUUUUUCCAAGUUUCAGUUCUUAGGGCAAACCUAAGUGAGAUGGAAGAUUUUCGAGGCAUAGCAGAAGAGUCAUUUCCAAGUUUUCUAACCAACUCAUUCCUUGGUAAUAGUGGGAUUUUGGAAGAGGUCACUCUUUCUUCAAAGCUUGGCUUGCCUGUUGCUGUUUCCACACUCGCGAGGAAUAGAGCCAGUACUGGUAACAGGUAUCCAGAUACCCAGACCUCCUACUUAGUAGAGGGGAGGUUCUCAGCUCCAUCCGAGUCGUCUCCCAGUUGCUGCAGUGAUGCUGACCCGAGAGAGAGAUUGCAGCUGAGCUUCCAGGGGGAGGAGCGGGGGCUGAUCAGAUCCUCAGAUACCUGUGAGGGGGAAAUAAUGGAGAAUAAAGAGAAACAGAAACCAUAUUCAAGAAAAAAGAACAAUACGGAAAGUCCACAUCUGUCCCAUGCGGUCCUGAAACUGUCGUCUCUUCAGAGUGCAGGACCAGGCAUGGGAGAGCAGCCGGCUGACACUGCAGCCACGUGCCAGGCUUCGGCUGCUGCAGGCAGGGCUUCGCCUCCAAAGCAAGCACCAGACUCUUCUGCUGACUUUCAUGUAAGAUCCCGGAUGAAUAAUCAGGAGUACAAGGUUGUUGUACCUGAUGCUCAGAAACAUUCUGAAGACAAGACUCCGAACAGUGACUUCAGCCAUCUUAGCUUAUUAGAAAAUGAGAAACUCGUGUCCUUGACAAGCGUGGAGGAUUCUUCUGAUGAUGACAUUAAUGAUGAAGAGUUUUAUGAUGAUCAUUUGGAGUCUUAUUUUGAACAAUUGGCAAUUCCGGGAAUGAUUUAUGAAGAUCUGGAAGGACAGGAAUCUCUAGAAAGAGAUUUUAGGUUAUCUACGAGAAGUCCUAGUCAGGCAAAUGAAAACAGCAGCUUAAGAUGUAAAAUUCAAUCGGAAGAUAACAGCACUCUGAUUUCCCAUGGCUCAGAACUUUCCAGAGCGACUCACAGAGAGACUGAGGAAAGCCGUGUUUGUUUAUCUGGGACCACUCAUUAUGUAGGUCCUGGAGAUGGUAGGAUGCUUGUAGACGGUGUGUUUCUGUUUUCCCCGAAUACUUGCAGAGUCGAGAAGGGAAGGGCAGACCAUACCAAAGAGUGUACGAGAGAGGAUGUUCUGGUGCAGAGUCCUCGAGUUAUCACUGCGAAACUUCACCCCAUUUGCUUCCAUGACAUGGACGCUGGCAGAGGUGGUUCUGACCCGGCUGACUCUGUAGGACAGGGGGCAGAACCUGCUCAGUGGGCGUCAGACUCUGGAAUGAUUUUGCCCAAGGAUGGGUGCUUAGAUGCUGAGUCUUCUGCAGUGCCUGGUCAGAAAAGUGUGGGCACAACAUCUCUGAAGCAUGCUGGUGACAAUGGAACCAAUUCCACUGAUACCCUUUGGUCACCAACUUGUGAAAGGAGAACAUGUCAGUGUUCUGAGUCCAUGGACAAGAGUAAAGACCAAACGAACCUCCCACAGAAUGUGGUUUAUCAAAAUGAAGAUGGCAGGUGGGUCACUGACCUUGCUUAUUACACAUCUUUUAAUAAUGAACAGGAUUUAAAAGUGCCUCCGAAUGACAUGAAUGAAGUCUUCAGAUCUGGUUCUGAAGUAUUGGAUUUGAUUGCAAAAGAUGAAGAAGAAUUUAAUAAAGAGCAUCAGUUUAUACAGGAAGAAAACAUAGAUGCUCAGAACAUUUCAGCUGCCCUAGGCGAUACGUCGUGGGCAGCUACAAUUAAUUAUAAUCUGUUGAGGAAAUCAGUCAGCACAUCAGAUCUGGACAAAGAUGAUGCUAGUUAUCUACGGCUGUCCUUAGGAGAGUUCUUUGCUCAAAGGUCUGAAGCUCUUGGUUGCCUUGGUGGUGGUAACAAUGUGAAAAGACCAUCAUUUGGUUAUUUUAUUAGCUCACCUGAAAAGAGUGAACCUAUUGCUUUAAUCAGAAAGUCUGAGGUGUCGAGAAGUAAUUUGGAAAAGGAAAUGGCUCAUCUGAACUCUAAUCUGUCUUCAGGAGAUUUAAACGAGCAAUCCCAGGCACAGCUGAGCAAAGGGCCCGUCACCCUGCAGGUGGAUGCCCUGGAGAGCCCUUCUGAAGUGGACGAGAAUGAUGAGACGCUGACUGCCGACCAGGGGCAGACAGAGGACACGUUCUUCAGGAAUAACAAACUCCAGGAACGCAAAGAGGAGCCGGCCGACCAUGGUGAUUCAGUGCUCAGGAUCAGCACCAUCGCCUCAGCCAUCGCAGACGCCUCAGUCAGCACUGAUCCCUCCCAGUUUGCCGCCAUGAUGAAGGCCCUGAGAAACAGAGCCAGAGGCGGGGCGGCUUGGGAGCUCGGGGAGCGUGUGUACUGUGCUGAGUUGUCCCGUCGCUCACCCGGUGACUUGGAGAGGAGUGAUGGCUUCGGUGCCUUUGAUAUGGAGAAGUACCUCACAAAAACAGAAGUCAGUAGGUGUGAAGCUGGCUUAGAAAGCAUGUCAGGAGCUAGCCCGUUGGACGUUUGGAAUUUAUCUUUGCCCGAAGAACAGACUAUUCCGGGUACCCACACGGUCAGCUCUUGUGCUACCAGUGUGAGUGUGCAGGAACCAGGAGAAAAAGCGGCAGCUGCCUUUUAUGGUGGAAAUGGAGAGAGUGAGAAUCAGGACUCCUUCAGAACCACAGACUCUUCAAAUUCUGCUCUUACAGAUCGGAGGGAGAACGAGCGUGCAGCAGUGGACAGGCAGACGCCCGCCUUUGACAGCGCUUCACCAGACACUGGUUAUGGUGCGAAAGCUGCCUCAGUGUCCACUCUGGCACCGAGCAUUUACGCCUCGGUUACGAGCCCCACAGGAACACCCCUUUGCCUCGUGGAGGCGUGUGAAGAAACACAAAAUCGGAGGCAAAAAGAGGGUGACAGCAAAACAAGCAGCGGUGACACACACGUGACUUUUGAAAAACAUUGCGUCUCGCCCAGAAGUGUUGGCUUGAGGAACACCUCUCCUGAGCGUGGCAGGGCUGGCCUGGAGGAGCAGGAGCAGGAGCAGGAGCAGGAGAGCUUCCGGCCCUCCACUCCCCCACUCAGCCACUCUUCACCCAGCGAAGGCUGCAGGGCAAGUCUGUCGGGGGGUGCUUCAGAGUCCCUUAAUUCGGCAGCCUGUCCCCAGAAGUCCCCUGCUGAGAGUGAGCUGUCCCGGCUGGCAUGUUCCCAUGCUGACACGAGCAGACUGACUUACGUGUCUGAACCAGAGAGCAUCUGUCCUGCCUCAGCCACUGACAGUCCCCGCCAGAGCGAACUGGCCAGUGAGCUGAGCACCACCAUCAUCCGCAGCAGUCCAGUGCCCCCCGAGGAAGAUGCAGCACUCUCCCUUGGGCAGCGCGGGGUCCGGAGCGAGGCUGCAGCUGCUUCUCUGGCUGGCGGGCCUCGGGACACAGAACCUCACUCCAACACGAGCCAGGACCCUUCCUCUGUGAGCGGAGAGCAGUGGGAAGCCCGGGAGGCAGUGAGGACGUCCCGCUGCGGGAGAUGCCAGGUCCUGGGGCAGCCAGGCCUCGGCCACUGGGCAGGCCCAGCUGCUCCACAGCCCGCGGACGGAGGCCAGAGGCCAGCCUCUGGCGAAGCCCGCAGUGCAUCUAGGGCCCAGGCUCCUCAUCGGAGCGUCCCCACAUGCCAGCCUGCCCCCGCCACUGCACUGCAGAGCGCGUCCUCUGUGUGCCCUGCACUCUGGGCCGGAGCCCCUCUCGCCACAGCUGCCUUGGCCCAGCAGUGCAUGGGGACGAGUGUCGCCCUGCCUCCUCCAGGCCAUGCAGGCAGCGCCCUGGUCUGCAGGCUCCCGGGCUGCCCCCCUUACCCGGCCACGGCAGGGGAGCAUGUUCAGAACCCUGUGGCAGUGGGGCUUUGUCUAGGGCCGAGUCCCACCUCGGGACUGCUGGGCCCCUCUGCCCUCGGCAGCCCGUGUUCUGAUGCAUUCUGCCAGCACCUCCUCGGCACAGUGCAGCCUUUGCCCGCGCACCCUGCCCGCGCAGCCUGUGGGACUGAACACUGGAAUUCAGGAAUGGCGGCAGGGUUUGCAAGCGUCAGGGUGCCGGAGGAGCUGAAGUUCCCUUCCACUUGCUGCGUGGGCAUUGCCUCGCAGACCCGCCUCAGCGUGCUCAACCCCUCUGACCGCUGGCUCCAGGUCAGCGUCGUGGCGCUAAGCGUCAGCGUCAAUGGUGAGAAGGUGGAUCUUUCAACAUAUCCUUGUUUAGUUUUCAAGAAUAAAGUCAUCGUAAGACCACAUGCAACAGAAGAGAUAGCAGUGCUUCUCUUACCCCUGGAUCCCGGGCUUUUCCGAUGUGUGUUCAGGGUUGCUUCGUGGCCGUUUUCGGCGGACCCUGAGACGAUCAUGCAGGCAGAAGCCUUGGCAAGCAGAGUUGUCCUUACUGCCAUCGCCGAGAGCCCUGCUAUUGAGGUAGAAACAGAAAGGAAAGGUGUUCUUGAUUUUGGUGACUUGACAUACGGAGGCUGGAAGGCCCUCCCGCUCAAACUGAUAAACAGGUCCCAUGCCUCCGUGCCCCUCAGACUGAGCAUUAGCGCUAAUGCCGUAGCCUGGUGCUGCUUCACGCUUUCCAAGGAACCGGUCCCUACUUCCCUGAAAGCUGCUCCUUAUGCCGAUGUGGUGGCUCAGCUGGCAGCUCCGUCCGUGGUCAGCCACGUGAUGCCCGCCAGUUACGAAGGACAGGAUCCAAAAUUUCUGAUAAUUUGGGUUCUUUUCCAUACUCCAAAGAAACUAAUUGCUUCUUCAGAGAUUCUAGAUCCAGCAGAAGAGUUCGUGGCAAGAGUCGAUAUCGAAGUGGACAGCCCGAACCCCAGCCCAGCUCUCAGCAGCGUGGGUCUCCGAGCAAGAGCAGGCACCGCCAGGAUCCACGCCCCCAGGGACCUGCAGACUGUGCAUUUGUUGGCCAGUGUGAAUUCUGCAGCAAAGCAGCCCUUACCUCUGAAAAAUGCUGGAAAUAUCGAAGUUUAUUUAGAUAUCAAGGUCCCAGAGCAAGGAAGUCACUUUUCAGUGUAUCCGGAGAAUCUGUUCCUCAAGCCUGGAGAAGAGCAUGAAGUGAUGGUUUCCUUUACACCGCGGGACCCCAAAGCCUGUGAAGAAAGGAUCUUGAAGAUAUUUGUGCAUCCAUGUGGACCUCAGUAUGAAGUAGUGUUAAAGGGCGAAGCUGUUUCUUCGGGAAGUCAGACUGUGCCCCCAGGCCCUUGCUGCCCAGAUCUUCCGUCCCUUCUGUCCAACAAGCAGUUCCUGGCCUGGGGCGGGGUCCCCCUGGGCAGGACACAGCUUCAGAAGCUGGUUUUAAGAAGCAGUUGUGCCUCCACAGCCCAGCACUUACGACUGCUCAUCAGAGGGCAGGACCAGGACUGCUUUCAGCUUCAGAACACUUUUGGCUCAGAAGAGCGAUUGACCAGUAACUGUGAGGUUAGAAUUGGCCCAAAGGAAGACAUUGUCAUCUCUGUGUUAUUCGCUCCUACUCGAUUAUCUUGUAUGUUGGCCAAACUAGAAAUCAAACAACUCAGAAAUCGAUUACAGCCCGGUGUUAAAUUCAUGAUACCUUUGUCUGGAUAUGGAGGAACAAGUAAUCUUAUUUUGGAAGGAGUCAAGAAAUUGUCUGACAGUUACAUGGUAACAGUGAACAGCUUAGUACCUGGCAAGGAGAGCCGAGCUGUACUUUCUGUCCGCAACACUGGCUCACGAGCAGCUUUCAUUAAAGCAGUAGGCUUUAGAGAUUAUCAGAAAAAAGUUCUGUUGGAUCCUAAAGUAUUGAGGAUUCUUCCAGAUAAAUUUGUACUCAAGGAAAGAACACAAGAAGAUAUUACUAUCAUAUACCGCCCUCCAGACCGAGGGCGUGACCACAGAGCUUCAGUGGAGCUGUCAACUGUGUACUUCUUUGGUGGAGAUGAAAUUUGCCGACAGCAGUAUCGAAGAGCCGUGUCUCAGAAUCCAGGGGUUGUCAGGCGGAUCCUUCCAGCACAUAGUGUGCUGCACAGCGUUGACUUUGCCGAGGUGUUUCAGGACGAGCUGCUCGUGGAUGAAGUCUAUGAUCUUCCUCAGCGGCCUAAUGAUGUUCAGCUCUUUUAUGGAAACAUGCGUAAAAUUAUCCUUUCGGUACUUGGAGAAUUCCGAGAUUCCAUUUCCAGUAGAGAAUUUCUUCCGCCUUCUUCCCAAGCUAGCUUGGAAUCCAGAAGGGAUGAAGGACUGUUUGGAAGGCACAGUGGCAAUGUCUCUCUGGAUGUCCUCCCCGUCAGAGGUCCGCAGGGCUCUCCCUUUCCCCCGAGAGCCGCCCGCCUGCAUCAGGCCGCCCUGGCCUUGGGAGAGGCGUGGGCUGUGCAGCCCGAGCACGUGAUCCUGCUGGUGCCCUCGGCCCUAGGUGACAAGGCCAAAACCGGGCAUUUCCAGAUUGUGAAUGACUCUGCCAGGACACUGAAGUUCGAGCUGUACUGGCCAGCACACUGCUUGACGGUCACUCCGGAGCAUGGGGUUGUCCCGCCAGAGAGUAAACAGCAAAUUCUUGUGAGUCCUAAUCUCUCCUUAUCUGCAAAGCAGUCGAUGUUCCCGUGGAGCGGUCUGGUCUACGUGCACUGUGACGAUGGGGAGAAGAAAAUUGUGAAAGUUCAAAUCCGAGAAGAUUUGACUCAGGAAGAUCUUUUAUCUCAUUUGGCCUCGGGCAUGUUUGGAAUUCUUGCCCCGGCAUCUGAGCCUCCUGUGAGUCACUGGACAAAACCUGCGACAAAGCCUCCUUCCACGCGGGUGCAGAUCAGAAGCAAGACCAUUACUUUUCCUGCCACGGCCCCUGGAGAAACCUCAGAGAGCUGUCUGGAGCUGGAGAACCAUGGACCCACAGAUGUGAGGUGGCAUGUGUCGUCCUUUGCCCCGCCAUACGUCAAGGGUGUCGAUGAAAGCGGAGAUGUCUUUCGAGCUACCUAUGCAGCAUUCAGGUGCGCUCCUCUUUCUGGCACGCUGGGAAGCCACGGGACUCAAAAGGUCUCCGUCACCUUCCUGCCGAGAGAUCGAGGGAAUUAUGCCCAGUUUUGGGAUGUCGAGUGCCACCCUGUUAAGGAGCCUCACUUGAGACACACGUUGAGAUUCCAGCUCUCUGGACAAAGCGUCCGAGCAGGGGAGGAGCCGCCUGCCCACGCGGCCACCGCCACCGGCAGCCUGGCGAGGUUGGAGGGCAGGCCUCGCAGACGCGCCGCCUCGGAGCCCGCCCUCCCGCCGGGGCCGCCGGAGCCCCCAGCCAGCGCCAGCCCGCGAGGCGUGUACACGCCGCAGGACGCCUACACCUUCCCGCCCACGCGCGUCGGGGAGGCGCGGGCGCUGAAGGUCAGCGUGCGGAACAGUUCCUUCGUGACGCGGGCGCUCAAGUUCGUGCCGCCCCGGGAGCCGUUCCACGUGCGGCACUCCAGGUACUCCCUGAGGGCCCGGCACUACAUCCACAUCCCCGUGCACUUUCGGCCCACGGCGGCGGGCAGCUUCCAGGCGCUGCUUCUCAUCCAGACGGACGGGGGCCGGAGCACGGCCGUGCGGCUGAGCGGCGAGGCCCUGGAGGACGACUGACGACUGACGCGCCUCUCCGUGCCUUGUGCCUCGUAAACUGGUGGGGCGCGACUAAGUCCUUCCGGGACCAGCCCUCCAGGCCCAAGCCAGCGUAUCACGUGUCUCCGCCCGGCACCACUCACCUCUGCGGUUAGGCGAGCUCUGUUUUUGCAUUAUGGUAUUGUGAAUAAAUGUGGCAUUUAUUUUAA